CAGUUGAACCAGGGCCACCAAGUGGCUCGCACCGAGAUUGCCAUGCCGCAGUUCUUUAAGUUCCCCAAGCUGCGAACAAAGCGUCGCUCAUCUUCCACUUCCGCCUCUGUUUACAUGUCCCAAUCUUCGGCCUCUAAGCAGAUGAACUAUGACGGCCUUCUUUCCAAGUUGACCGACGAAAAACUGAUGCUCUUCGAAGCCGCCGGCGAAGGAAGCAUUGUUGAGGGCAGCCGGAUAUGCGGUCAGGAUACGGAGCCACUGUCUAUGCCGCUGGUGGAGGAUGGCGCUAUCGGGGAAGAGCAGGCAGCAACCAUUCAAACGAUCCCUCGCACCGUAUUCGCCGUUCCACGCGCCCCCUCCCCCUCACCUGUGAGCACAUCAGGUGCGAAUCUGAACCUCAAGUCGGAAAACGCUGCGACAGCGACACCGCAGCGCAAAAUAUCGACGUCAUCACGUUUUAUGAACGCCUUUAGUCAGCUCUAUGGCGGCAGCGGCAGCAGCGGUCCAAGCUGUGGUCACGUGGAACAGCACAGCGAGGAACCUGGUGACCUGACGGCCAAUCGAACGCCCACCAAGGGAAUGGAAUCAAAGCUUGUAGCCAUGUGGCAUAAUGUCAAAUACGGCUGGAGCGGAAAGAUGCGGCAGACUAGCUUCUCUAAGGAGCAACCCGUGUGGUUAUUAGGACGGUGCUACCAUCGCCGCUUUACGCCACCAGUAAGCAUGGAAAGUUCGAUCACCGAGAUGCCCAGUGGAGUUGAUACAACGCCAGACAACGCCACAUCGGCGUUUGACAGCAUACAGGCUACAUCGACGUCUGCCUCCUUGUAUCCAACUCUAAUUCCGCAGCAGAUCGAUGAGAUUAUUGUGCCACAAGAAUUGGGAAUGGACGCUGUCGAGAACCAAGUGGGGGAACAGCCCUGGGAGGAGGGAAUUGAGGGCUUUCGUCGCGAUUUCUAUAGUAGGAUCUGGAUGACAUACCGGCGAGAGUUCCCUAUAAUGAAUGGCUCUAAUUACACCUCGGAUUGCGGCUGGGGCUGUAUGCUAAGGAGUGGUCAAAUGCUCUUGGCCCAAGGACUCAUCUGUCAUUUCCUAGGACGCAGCUGGCGCUAUGAUUCAGAGUCACAGUUGCAUUCAACUUACGAAGAUAACAUGCAUAAGAAAAUCGUCAAGUGGUUUGGGGAUAGUUCCUCGAAAAGCAGUCCCUUUUCUAUCCACGCCCUGGUGCGGUUAGGGGAGCGUCUGGGAAAGAAGCCUGGUGAUUGGUACGGUCCCGCCUCGGUCUCCUAUUUACUUAAACACGCCUUAGAGCAUGCUGCUCAGGAAAAUGCAGACUUUGACAAUAUUAGCGUCUAUGUGGCCAAAGAUUGCACAAUUUAUAUGCAAGAUAUUGAGGAUCAGUGCAGCAUUCCAGAACCGGCGCCAAAACCCCAUGUGCCUUGGCAACAAGCAAAGCGACCACAGGCUGAAACUCCCAAACCGGAUCAGCAGCAACACUGGAAGUCAAUCAUCGUGCUCAUCCCCUUGCGUUUGGGUAGCGAUAAACUGAAUCCAGUGUAUGCCCAUUGCCUGAAGCUGCUACUAAGUACGGAACACUGUCUGGGCAUCAUUGGCGGCAAGCCCAAGCACUCGCUGUACUUUGUGGGCUUCCAGGAAGACAGGCUCAUCCAUUUGGAUCCGCACUAUUGCCAGGAAAUGGUGGAUGUAAACCAAGAAAACUUUUCCCUGCAAACGUUCCAUUGCAAGUCCCCUCGAAAACUGAAGGCCAGCAAAAUGGAUCCUAGCUGUUGCAUCGGCUUUUACUGUGCCACCAAGAGUGAUUUCGACAGUUUUAUGGAAAGCGUGCAACUGUAUUUACAUCCGAUGCGCUGUGCCUCCGGAGCAACUGUGGAUAAGGCGACUGGAAGUCAUCAAGUGACACCUCAAUCAACUCAUCAACAGGCUGAUCAAAUAGAAAUGAACUAUCCUCUGUUCACAUUCUCUCGAGGCCGUUGCCUGGAUCACGAGCGGGACGAGAUGAGCGAUUCGCUGUAUAAGCCACUUAUUAAACAGGUUGCUGCUCUUACCCAAGAACUGGGCGCCCAAUUGUCGCCGCCACAACAUGGCGAUGACAAUGACCAAGAUGAUAGUGAAAGCGAGGAGUUCGUGCUGCUCUAAAUCAUUGCCGCCCCAUAACCUUGUUGCUGUGCUAGCUGUGUUAUUUGCUCUUAUUAUUUGAUUUAGUUUCCAACCGCCUUUGCUCGCUUGCUCGCAUAGAAAAACCCAACAGACCCGUAUCUCAAACACAAAGACUUUGUUAUACCUUUACGCCUACGCAUAUAGUACAUAGACGCAUGCAUGUAUCUUGAAUAUUUACUGGUGUCCACGUUAAUCUCUCUUUUGUUCGACUUGUAGUCUCGCAUUCUGCCAAAGUGUUUCAGCUUUUUUCAUGUUCCAGCAGCCCGAUCUAUUUAUAUCUGUUAUAUAUAAACUAUUGUAAUUUGCGGUAUUAUUAUUUUAAAAUCAUGAAUCUUUAAUGGAAUUGAAUCAUUUUACAAUGGUGCCACAAUUGUCACUAUUUUUCAAAGUAUUUCAUGUAGUCCUUACGUUUUAGAAUUUAGUUAAUUUGUGUAAGUCUUGUAAUUGUUCGAUCAUUAAUUAGUUUUAACAUUAAUUGUAUAUACCCUCGAGUAAAUAAAUAAAUUAUCCUAAACUAAUACUAAAAAUAAA